AAUUUUCCAGGAGACGGCUCGUUGGUUUACCUAUAUUCCACAAAAGAAGCCAUAGCUUAUUAGAUUCCCGCACCUCCCUACAAGUAAAAAGCAAAAUUCUGCCACGACCCAGAGACUUAGAACCCACACAAAUAUUUUCCUGAUCGAAAUUUUCCUGUUUCUGAUCUGGGUUUUUAAUUUAUCGAGCUUUCAUCGGACAGGAGAGUUUGGUUUGCUGAAUUUAUCGCUUUCACCUUUGUUUAUAUUUUUCAUUUCUUAAUCUACAAGUUUCCAGUCAUAUAUAGAAUAGAUUAUUUAACUACCAGGGUUUUUCGAGGAAGAGGGGUUGAAUCAAGCCUUGGCCCCUUCUUCUUUCCAUCUGUUGCAUUUGAUCUUAAGCUAGAACUAGUAUAGUGUAACGAUGAGGGAAAAGGUGGGAUUAUUAUUGUGUCUGUGGCUUUUGCUUUGCGGGUCUUGCUUGGGUAGGUUUGUAGUUGAGAAGAACAGCUUGAAAGUGACCUCACCAGAUUCAGUGAAGGGGGUGUAUGAAUGUGCAAUUGGGAAUUUUGGGGUUCCUCAGUACGGAGGGACUUUAGUUGGGACUGUGGUUUAUCCAAAAGCCAAUCAGAAGGCGUGCAAGGCAUUCGAUGAGGUGAAUAUCUCCUUCAAAUCGAAGCCUGGAGGGUUACCCACUUUUCUCCUUGCCGAUCGAGGAGAUUGUUACUUCACCCUGAAGGCCUGGAAUGCUCAAAAUGGUGGAGCAGCAGCUAUUCUGGUUUCAGAUGACAAGAAUGAGCCAUUGAUUACAAUGGACACCCCUGAAGAAGAAAAUGUUAAUGCUGAUUAUCUGCAAAAGAUCAAUAUUCCAUCAGCCUUAAUCAGCAAGUCCUUGGGAGACAGUAUCAAGAAGGCUCUGUCUAGUGGGGAGAUGAUUAACAUCAAUCUUGAUUGGAGAGAGGCUCUUCCACAUCCUGAUGAGCGCGUUGAAUAUGAGUUCUGGACAAAUAGUAAUGAUGAGUGUGGGCCAAAGUGUGACAGUCAGAUGGAGUUUGUCAGGAACUUCAAAGGUGCAGCUCAGAUACUUGAGCUGAAGGGUUACACUCAAUUUACCCCACACUAUAUAACAUGGUAUUGCCCAGAGGCAUUCGUUCUCAGCAAACAAUGCAAAUCCCAGUGCAUAAACCAUGGUAGGUAUUGUGCUCCAGAUCCUGAGCAAGACUUUAGUAGAGGAUAUGAUGGAAAAGAUGUUGUGGUUCAAAAUCUACGUCAGGCUUGCUUCUUUAAAGUGGCCAAUGAAAGUGAGAAGUCAUAUCUUUGGUGGGAUUAUGUGACUGACUUUGCAAUUCGUUGUCCAAUGAAAGACAAGAAAUAUACUAAAGAAUGUGCAGAUGAAGUCAUUAAAUCUCUUGGUGUUGACCUCAAGAAGAUUGACAAAUGUAUAGGUGACACUGAGGCAGAUGUGGAAAACCCAGUCCUUAAAGCUGAACAAGAUGCCCAGAUUGGAAAAGGAUCUCGUGGAGAUGUGACUAUACUGCCAACUCUUGUCAUUAACAGCAGACAGUACAGAGGCAAGUUGGAUAAAGGGGCAGUUCUUAAGGCUAUUUGUGCAGGUUUCCAAGAGACCACAGAGCCAGCCAUAUGUUUAAGUGAAGACAUAGAAACCAAUGAGUGUCUGGAGAACAAUGGUGGGUGCUGGCAGGACAAGGCUUCUAACCUUACUGCAUGCAAGGAUACUUUUCGGGGAAGAGUAUGUGAAUGUCCUGUGGUACGGGGAGUGAAGUUUGUUGGUGAUGGUUAUACCCAUUGUGAAGCUUCAGGUGCUUUACGUUGUGAAAUUAACAAUGGCGGAUGCUGGAAGCAAACCAGAGAUGGCAGGACUUUUUCUGCUUGUGUUGAGGAUAACUCACAAGGUUGCAAGUGUCCUCCAGGAUUCAGGGGUGAUGGAGUCAACUCCUGUGAGGAUGUGGAUGAAUGCAAAGAGAAGACAGCCUGCCAAUGCCCUGAGUGCAAAUGUAAAAAUAAGUGGGGCAGUUAUGACUGCAGCUGUGGUAGUGGUUUAUUGUACAUGCAAGAACAUGACACAUGCAUAAGUAAGGAUGCUAAAGCAGAGGUCAGCUGGAGCUUUGUAUGGAUUAUUAUUCUUGGCUUGGCUACCACAGGAGUUGCUGGAUAUGCUAUUUACAAGUACAGAAUCCGGAGAUACAUGGAUUCAGAGAUACGGGCUAUCAUGGCACAGUACAUGCCCUUGGAUAAUCAAGGAGAUAUUCCUGUACACCACGCUCCCCGCGGCGACAUCUGAAUCUGAGUCUGAUGGAGGAAAAUAGCCACUGAGGUGCUUAUUUAAUCGGUGAUCAUAACUUUGUAUAAGUCGAGUCAAUGUUCUAUCAUGCCAAAUGCCAUUGCUAUGCCUCUCAUCUCAUACUUGUAGUUUUAUUCCAGGACCACUGUACAUUUUCCAUGGGAUUUUUACGAGAUUAAUGGUUCAGGAUUUUGGCUGAUUUUUCCACUUCA